UUUGAUUUGAGUUUAUUAAAGACCUGACACAUGAGAGUGAGAAAGUGACAAAACCCGAUCAUGGAGACUCGGUGCAUUUCAGGCUGGUUUCUCCUCUGUCUACUUUCAGUCAGUGAAUGCAGUCAAAUCAUUGGUAUUGAGGGUCAGAAUAUCACUCUGCCAUUUAAAUAUGAUGCCAAAUCUCAUGGUCUACAACACAUUUGCUGGGGGAAAGGAAUCAUCCCGAGCUCUGGUGGUUGUGACAAUGAGAUAAUCUCAACCGAUGGGUCUGAAGUGACACGUAGAUCGUCAGUUAGGUAUCAGUUAUUGGGUGAGCUGAAGACGGGGGACGUCACUCUAACCAUCUCCAAUAUCACAGAGAAAGACUCUGGAACGUAUGGAUGUCGAGUGCAGUACGUUGGAUGGUUCAACGAUGAGAAAUAUCAUGUCAGCUUGACCAUUGAGAAAGCACGUGUCCCGACAACAUCCCAGACAUCUGCCAAUGUGACCAUAACCCCACAGACCAUGGACGACCACGACCACGGUCCUGUGACCACAACAUCCACUGAGUAUUCAUCCACGCUAUAUUACAGCGAAUCAAAAUCAGAGACGAGAGGCCACAACCUGGCUGUGAUCCUGGGGUCCAUUCUGCUUGUUCUGACAGGGGUGGGGAUUGUGUCUGUACUCGUCAUGAGAAAGCAAUGGGAAAGAGUUGCCAUGGGACUCCAAAUACCACAGCGCUCUGGCGGCUCAGUCCUGUUCAGAAACUCAGUGUCCAGCUUGGGCCUGCACACUCGAGAGAUGGCUGUAGAGAACGUCUAUCAGAUAGAGGACAACGAGAGAGACGACUAUGAGGAUAUCCACUGACGGAGCACGGACACUUCGCCACCACGCUCACGCUGUUAACACGUUGCAUAGUGCAGUAUAGUGCAGUAUAGUGCAGUAUAGUGCAGUAUAGUGCAGUAUAGUGCAGUAUAGUGCAGUAUAGUGCAGUAUAGUGCAGUAGUGCAGUAGCUCUGUGUUACAAGGCUGAGGUUGACUUACAGGCUAAUGAUUCAGCCGGACAAGACAAAAGUCACUACAGAAUCAGUAGUGUUUGCUGAUAAGUGAACCAAACAGUUGAUUUGUGUUAUUGAAAGGUUUAUUUGAAAAAAAGGGCCUUACUAAUAUGGCUUCCUUUGUGUAUUCAGCACUAACACUAGAAGCACAAGCAUUUCGCACCAAUAACAUCUGCUAGCCAUGUGCAUGUCACCAAUAACAUCUGCUAACCAUGUGCAUGUCACCAAUUACAUUUCAUUGGAUUUGUUAACAGUGUAUGUUUCAAUUGAUUAUGAUGACCAGAUAAUUGUUUUAUGUAAUAGCCUAAAAGUGACCAAAAUAAAAAAUGGCAUCAGCUUUAAUGCCUGAUGAAAUGAAAAGCAAUGACUUAGCAGGAAAUGUGCUAUGGUUUUCUAUCCUCUCCAUGUCCUCUAACCAGGACAUUUAGCUACACCCAUCUGCAACAUCACCCAGGCAUACAAAGGCAAUGAAAAGUCACACAUAAUCGCGACAUUCUUCGGAAAAUGGUCUUCUUUACCCAAUUUUGGGGUAUAUUGUCUUGUUCAAAACCAAUCUGUUGCAUGAUAAUAAAAAUUCUAACUUGAAA